CUCGGAGAAGCAUGAGCUAUCGUGGCGCCUGCUUGCUCGCGGUGGCCUCCCUGGCCGGGGGCUUGCCGCCGACGAAGCUGCGCGCGUCGCGGAGCCACGACAAGCGCGGCACGCUGCCCGUCGACGGCGAUUUGAGCGAGGCGCCCCCCGUGGAGGAACUGUACGAACAGGCCGAGGUCGCCGUGCCCUCCGCGUGGAACGGGACGGCCCGGAGCGAGGAGCUGCCCUGGUUCUGCGCGCGCGACAGCAGCCGCUUCACGCUCUUCCCGAUCAAGGACGCGGGGCUCUGGGCCAUGUACAAGCGCGCGGAGGCGUCGUUCUGGACGGCCGAGGAGGUGGACCUCGGCCAGGACAAGCAGCACUGGGAGCAGCUGGACGAGGGCGAGCGCUACUUCCUGAGCCGCGUGCUCGCCUUCUUCGCCGCGUCCGACGGCAUCGUCCUCGAGAACCUCGUGGAGCGGUUCGCGCAGGAGGUGACGCUGCCCGAGGCGCGGUUCUUCUACGCGUUUCAAGGCGCCAUCGAGGGCGUGCACCAGGAGAUGUACUCGCUCCUGUUGGAGACCUACGUCGAGGACCCGGGCGAGCGCGAGGCGCUGACGCGGGCCCACGACCUCAUGCCCUGCGUCAAGGCCAAGGCGGACUGGGCGAUGAAGUGGACGGCGUCGGACGCGCCCUACGCGGCGCGCCUGCUCGCCUUCGCCGCCGUCGAGGGCGUCUUCUUCAGCGGGUCCUUCUGCGCCAUCUUCUGGCUGCGGAAGCGCGGCAUCCUGCCGGGCCUCGGCUUCGCGAACGAGCUCAUCUCGCGCGACGAGGGCCUCCACUGCGACUUCGCGUGCGCGCUCUACUCGCGCCUGCCGGGCCACCUGCGCCUGAGCGACGCCGAGGCGACGGCGAUCAUCAGCGAGGCCGUCGACACCGAGGUGGACUUCGUGACGGACGCGCUGCCCGUGAGCCUCGUCGGCAUGAACGCGAAGCUCAUGACGGACUACGUCAAGUUCGUCGCGGACCGGCUCCUGGCGUCCCUCGGCCACCCCAAGAUCUACGGCGCGGCGAACCCCUUCGACUUCAUGGAGCUCAUCUCCAUGCAGGGCAAGACGAACUUCUUCGAGAAGCGCGUCGCCGAGUACCAGAAGGCCAACGUCGCCGGCGACGCCACGGCCGACUUCGUCUUCGACGCCGACGCGGACGUGUAAGGCCGGCGAGGUGCG